GGAACCAUCUGAUGCUCGCAAUAAGUCUCUGCAACUCUCACGCGAAAGUUUAAUGUCUUCUUCAUCGUCACAGAAAAAGAAAACCCUAUAAUCGAGACUAAUUUUCGCCGAGAACGAUGAAGAAAGAGAGGGAUUUUUUAAGCCACUUAGAAAUUUACUUAGCAAAAAGAGAUGGAAUUGAUAAACUUCUUAAAAUCUCAAGGUACGCUUCAAAAUUCAUUUUAGCAUCAUCAGUCCUUCCUGAAACCCUAAUUUUAAAUCAACGCCUCAAAAGUUUCGAAUCAAGUGUUGGUGUCAGUCGAAAAGCUUUUCGAUUAGGAAAGUUCGUUCAAGAUUUAAAUUCCUUAAGAAACUCAAAUCUUGAUUCAAAUGAAGAAAAGGUUUUAUCAAUUAUAGCUUAUGGGGGUGAAGGUUUAUAUUUUUUUGUUGAACAAUUUAUCUGGUUAACAAAAUCAGGUUUAAUUGAUUCAAAAUAUGCGUAUAGGUUACAAAAGAUUAGUGCCUGGGCUGAAUUUAUAGGUUAUUUUGGUAGUAUUAGUAUAAAAAUUAGGGAUUUGAAAGUCAUAAUUGAAUGGGAAAAGCGUUUGAAAGCUAGUAUUGAGAUCGCUAUGCUGAGAGGAGAUGUGUUUGGUGAGGAAAUGAAAGAAGUGAAAAAAGUGGAAGAGAAGAAGUUGAUGAAGAAACUUUCAAUUGUUCAGGAUUUUGCUGAUGGAUUAAUGGCUUUAUCGGAUAUUCGAGAUGGAAAAGGAUUUAUUUCGAACCCACUUUUAUUAGCUUCUGCUGGUCUUUUAUCUGCUUUGAUUAGUACUCAUAAAAACUGGGUUUCUUGCUGAUCAAAACUGAAGCUAAUAAUGGUAAGAUCGGAUCAAUGCAAUCACUAUUAGAAUUCAUAGGCAGCAAAUAUGUUAAAAGAGAUUUUGUACUCUUUCCAUGAACCCAUUGAAAGUUAGAUUAGAAUUUUGGGUUCACUUAUGUUUGUUUUUUUCUCUACUUGCAAAUAAAAUGAUGCUGAAUUUGCUGAUAAUAAAAAUAACUCCCACAGCGUUAGCAAAUUAUCAUCAAGCUUUAUUUGGAUUGCAAACAUUCUGUUUACAUUCGAAUUGAAUUAAUAAAUUUCUUAUUUAUUGUA